UUAUCCUCUCUCAAGCUCAAGACUUGUCUCGCAAUCGAAAUCCCGGUCUUCAGAAAUCCUGCAUAGGAGCUAGACAUCAUGGACAGACAUCAUGGAGAAGGCCUCGACUAAUUGCUAUUUUUUACCUUACAGCACUAAGCAUACUCGUUAAGCGGUCGUCGCCAAAUGCCUUCGCCGUAGUAGUAACAUGAUUGCUUCUUCAUUUCUUCCCUCCCGCUUUCGCGGCGAGCAACCAAACGACACACCCGUUCCACCAUCCAAGAUAAACAAGAGAGUCACGCCGAUCCUCCAGUUCUUCUCUAAAAUUGCCUGCCUACACCCGAUCCAUACCAUUGUCAUCGUUUCCUUAAUAGCGAGCACCACCUACGUCGGUGUCGUUAAAGAGAGCCUAUUAGAUGUGACUAGGAGCGCCAGGACGGCCGAUUGGCCCUCUUUAGUAGAGGGCAGCCGAAGCUUGAUAGUCGGCCCGGAGACCUCAUGGCGUUGGCAAAGCUUCGACUCCGAUUCGGCCACCCCAAAGGACGCUGAACACUUGGCCCUUGUCACUCUGGUCUUCCCGGAGUCUUCCGAAGAUGCACCUCAGACUGCACCAUUACCUCAUAUCGUCCCUCUCCCUCAGAACCUGAGCAUCUCUCAUCUUCCGUCCACGGCAAAUCCUUUGAGUGCUUAUUCCCAAGACAGCGCUUUGGCGUUCGCCGUCAAGUAUGACGAGGCCGCGGAGUUUCUCGCGGCCGCGCAGGAGAUCCCCAACGAUGUUCCCGGUCAAGAGUCGCGCGAAACCGAGCUGGGCAAGGAAGAGCAGAAGAUGUGGAUAAUGAAAGUCGCCAAGGGUUACACUAGGGGAAGCGUAGCACGAUGGAUUCACAACGCCUGGACGGAGUUUCUUGACUUGAUAAAGAACGCCGAGACACUGGAUAUCAUUAUCAUGGUUCUGGGGUACUUGUCUAUGCACCUGACCUUCGUGUCGCUUUUCCUAUCUAUGAGAAAAAUGGGAUCAAACGUCUGGCUAGCCAUCAGCGUGCUUUUCUCAUCUACUUUUGCUUUCCUGUUCGGACUCAAUGUUACUACGAAGCUUGGCGUCCCCAUCAGCAUGGUUCUACUCUCGGAGGGAUUGCCCUUCCUAGUUGUUACAAUCGGCUUCGAGAAGAAUAUCGCGCUGACCCGGGCUGUGCUAUCUCACGCACUAGAGCACCGUAGGCCCGAAGAGCAGCAAACCAACGGCGCCAAAUCUACCAGGUUACUGAUGGCUUCGGAUGGCAUCAUCCACUACGCCGUACAGCGCGCCAUCAAGGAUAAUGGCUACGAGAUUGUCCGGGACUACGUCAUAGAGAUCUUGAUCCUAGUAGCCGGAGCCGCCUCUGGCGUACAAGGUGGUCUUCAGCAGUUCUGCUUCUUAGCCGCCUGGAUACUCUUCUUCGACUGCAUCCUGCUCUUCACCUUCUACACGGCUAUUCUGUGCAUCAAACUCGAGGUGAACCGUAUUAGACGUCACGUGGAGCUGCGGCGAGCCUUGGAAGACGACGGCGUCAGCCGCCGCGUCGCUGAAAAUGUCGCUAAGAAUAACGACUGGCCUAGGCAAAGCGCCAAGGGCCAGGCUGAUGCGCCUCUUUUCGGCAACGAUCUUAGGAGCAGUAGCGUUCCCAAGUUCAAGUUCUGGAUGGUCAUGGGCUUUAUUGCCAUCAACGUCGCCAACCUCUGCACCAUUCCUUUCAGGACCUCAGACGUUUCCAGUGUCUCUUCGUGGGCUACGGGCUUGGGAGGUGUCGUUAGCUCACCUCCUCUCGACCCGUUUAAAGUUGCGUCCAACGGGCUAGACGAGAUACUCUACAACGCGAAGAGCCACUCGAAGACGACGGUAGUUUCCGUACUGACUCCCAUCAAGUAUGAACUCGAAUUCCCUUCUAUUCACUACGCCGAGGCACCCUUAACCUCAAGCCACGGCCACCACGGUAAACGAGACAGCUAUCCUCAAUUGAACGGCUACGGCGUAGGCGGACGCAUGGUCGGCAGCCUUCUUACCAGUCUGGAAGACCCUAUCCUAUCCAAGUGGAUCGUGGUCGCUCUGGCCAUGAGCGUCGCCCUCAACGGUUAUCUAUUCAACGUAGCUAGAUGGGGCAUCCGCGAUCCCAACCUACCAGACCAUCCUAUUGAUCCCAAGGAGCUUGCGGAAGCAGAGCGAUUCAACGACACGCAGUCCGCAACGCUACCGCUCGGUGAGAUCCAACCGAAGCAGUCGCCGUCACAAUCGAUACCUGACAGACCUAUCACCCCCGCCUAUACUGACGAUGAGAGUGUGAGCAAGCCUCUUCCGGUUGCUCCGCUGACGUCGUCGUCUGUGCAGAGAACCCAGGCCGAGCUGGACAGGAUGUUAACGGAGAAGAGGGCACAUGAAUUGACCGACGAGGAAGUUGUUGCUGUAUCUCUGAAAGGCAAGAUCCCUGGUUACGCGUUGGAGAAGACUCUCAAGGAUUGCACGCGAGCCGUGAAGGUUCGUCGAAGUAUCAUCUCGAGGACCCGGGCGACGGCAGAUCUUACUAGCCUUCUAGACCAGUCCAAGCUACCGUACGAGAACUACAACUGGGAACAAGUGCUCGGCGCUUGCUGUGAGAACGUUAUCGGUUAUAUGCCCAUUCCCGUCGGUGUAGCUGGCCCGCUCGUCAUCGACGGUAAAAGCUAUUUCAUCCCCAUGGCUACUACUGAAGGUGUGCUCGUCGCUAGUACAAGCCGCGGCUGCAAGGCUAUCAACUCUGGCGGAGGUGCCGUUACAGUUCUUACGAGCGACGGAAUGACUAGAGGACCGUGCGUGCAAUUUGAAACUCUCGAGCGUGCCGGCGCUGCGAAGCUCUGGAUCGACUCCGAGGUGGGUCAAGCUGUGAUGAAGAAGGCCUUCGACUCGACCUCGAGGUUCGCUCGGUUACAGACAAUGAAGACGGCCCUUGCUGGAACUAACCUUUUCAUCCGAUUCAAGACGACAACCGGCGACGCCAUGGGAAUGAACAUGAUCUCCAAGGGUGUCGAGCACGCGUUAAACGUCAUGGCUACCGAAGGCGGAUUUAGCGACAUGUCUAUCGUGUCGUUGUCUGGAAAUUACUGCAUCGACAAGAAGGCCUCCGCGAUCAACUGGAUCGACGGCCGCGGUAAGGGUAUAGUCGCCGAAGCCAUCAUCCCGGGUGACGUGGUUAAGGCGGUGUUGAAGAGCGACGUGGAUAGCCUAGUCGAGCUUAACAUCUCGAAGAACUUUAUCGGAUCUGCUAUGGCCGGUGCGGUGGGCGGUUUUAACGCUCAUGCGGCCAACAUCGUCGCUGCCAUCUUUAUCGCUACCGGGCAGGACCCAGCGCAAGUUGUGGAGAGCUCGAACUGUAUCACCAUCAUGAAGAAAUCUCUGUAUCUAUGCCGUCGAUCGAAGUCGGCACAAUCGGUGGAGGUACCAUCCUGGAGCCCCAGAGCGCUAUGCUCGACAUGCUUGGCGUCAGGGGUCCUCAUCCGACAAAUCCUGGAGAUAACGCGGUUCGUCUCGCUCGUAUAGUUGGUGCGGCGGUUCUUGCAGGCGAGCUUUCGUUAUGCAGCGCUCUCGCAGCCGGCCACUUGGUCAGGGCACAUAUGGCACACAACCGUUCCGCUCCUCCAACCCGUAGUACUACCCCA